UCGCGGCCGCAUUUGCCUCCGGCCACCGGCCGGGCUGGACUGAGGCGACCCCGGGUGCUGCUGCAGGGGGAAGCAGCUCAGCCGGGCGUGUGGUGAACCCGGCCUGGCGGCGGCGCGGGAAACACUGGCUGUGUCCGGGAUCCCUGCCGCACUUCCAGGCGUCCUUUGGUCUCGUCCCUCGGGAUUUUUCCCGAAGCCCCGGGGGAGGAAAGCGGCCGGGACUCGGUGGCGGGUGGCUCUGGUAGUCCGGGACCCAAAGUCGGCUCCCGCGUUCCAGAAUCUACUGACGGACGCGCACAGGGACCGUCGGAUGUGGCAAGUCAUCCCUCCACAGAAGAGCCAGACCGGGAAAGGGAAUGGCUUUCCCAAGGUCGCCCCAAGCCCUGCUCCCUGGGGUCUCCCUGCCCUUAGGAAUUCCUCAGCCCAUUGCUGCAGGAUCGUCAGUGCACUUAUUCCAGCUAGACAUCACCGUGCAGCAGGGACGGGAUAAAGUCCGAGAAAUGUUUAUGAAGAAUGCACAUGUUACGGACCCCAGGGUGGUCGAUCUUCUGGUCAUUAAGGGAAAGAUGGAACUGGAGGAGACCAUUAACGUGUGGAAGCAACGGACACAUAUCAUGCGGUUCUUCCAUGAAACAGAAACACCGAAGCCGAAGGAUUUCCUGUCCAAGUUCUAUGUUGGUCAUGACCCCUGAAGUCACUCGGUGGAAAGGUGCACGGUGUUAUUUAAUUAUUUUAAAUAAAUUCAGUAUACAGCAGUCA